AUGUUAGCGUCUCAGGGACAACAAGAUGAAAAUGAUGACUUUGAUGAACCCGUUGUGAGCUCAGCACCUGAGCUCAGCGACGAAGUGGACAAGCUCUCCUACAAGUGCAAGGCGCGCAAGUAUUCACCGGAGGUUAAAGCUUUCAUGGAGGGUUUGAACGCCAAGCUUGAAGGGUUGGGAUGGAUCUAUGAGAACACCAUCAGAGCUGCUGUCGUCAAUGACUCACCGGAAGAUCUACACGCCAAGGGGAGUUCAGCAAGGGUGCUGAGAUGCGGCUUUAUUUUUCCAAGCAACGAUUGA